AUGUUAAGUAUCGAAUUUACCCAACACGACUGGGGCGUGCCGCGGAUCGAGCCAUUCAAACCUCUAUCCCUUCCCCCUUAUUCGGCCUGUUUGCACUAUGGUCUCGAAUGUUUUGAAGGGAUGAAAGCCUAUUCCGACAUGGUGGACAUCCAGAAGGUGAGCCAAGGGGAGACCCUGGGUCCCCACCGACGGCUUCGUCUGUUCCGUCCCCAGAAAAACCUGUCACGUUUACAGGAAAGCAUGAGGCGGCUGUGUUUCCCUUCUUUUGAUACCGAUGAGCUUCUGAAGUUGUUGGAGACUUUCGUGCGGAUCGAGAAGGACUACGUUCCUAUGACAAAAGACUACUCCCUGUACAUCCGCCCGACCGUGAUUGGGAUCGGCAAUUGCAUCGGCGCGACGGCCGCGGAGAGCGGGAUGCUGUUCAUCAUCGCGUCGCCGGUGGGGUCGUACUUUUCGAAGCCCACCGACGGCUCCGAGGAGGUUUCGCUUCCCCCGGUACGGCUGCUGGUGGAUGAGACCAACCGCCGAGCUUGGCCAGGCGGCAUUGGCGGUUAUAAGCUUGGUGCAAACUAUGCCGGGCCGAUGCUUAUUCAGCGUGAGGCCGUCAAGAAGGGCUUCAAACAGGUGCUUUGGUUGGGACCUAACAACGAGGUCACGGAGGUCGGGGCGAUGAACUUUAUGAUGCUCUGGCGCUCACCGGAGGGGAAGGUGGAGCUAAUAACGGCCCCGCUCGACGGCAUGAUUCUACCAGGCAUCACGCGCGACUCCGUCCUGACCCUCAUGCGGCAGUGGGGAGAGGUCGACGUCGCCGAGCGCUACUUCACCAUCGACGAGAUGAUCACGGCGAUCGAGGAGGGGCGCGUGUUAGAGUGCUUCGGUAGCGGCACGGCUGCAGUUCUGGCGCCGGUGAAUAUGCUGCGAUAUCGCGAUAAGGAUUAUUUAAUUCCAUGUCCUACUGGUAAGGAUAGCUUGUGCCUACGCCUUUACAAGUCAAUUAUCGAUAUUCAGUAUGGUAAAUUGCCUAGCGAGUGGUCUUACAUCAUAGAUACAUAA